AUGAAUUUCAAAUGUCCAAAGUGUGGAAAAAAGUACCGUUACAAGUGCAACUUGUACGCUCAUUUGAAACAUGAAUGCGGCAAAGCACCUUCGCUGCAGUGUCCACACUGUCAUCACAAAACUAAGCAGAGAAGAUUCAACUUCAGACAUGAAGAAAGGUUCCUUGAAAACAAAUCCAGCAGACCACUUGAGAAUUUCACGUGUCAAAAAUGUGGAAAAAUUUACCGCCACAAGUGCAACCUCUAUGCUCAUCAGAAGCAUGGAUGCGGUAAAACACCUUCACUGCAGUGCCCACACUGUCCUCAUAGGACUACAUUCAAGGGCAACUUGAAGGCUCACAUAGCUGCCAAACACUUCAUUCUUCUCGGAUACAACUUUGGACAAGAAAUGUUCCUUGAAGAUAAAUCCAGCAAACCACCUGAGCAUUUCAGGUGCCAAAAAUGUGGAAAAAUCUAUCGCCACAAGUGCACCCUCUAUGCACAUCAUAAAUACGAAUGUGGCAAAAAUCCUUUAAUGCAGUGUCCUCACUGCCCUCACAGAACUAAGAAGAAGAGUUUUUUUGAAGAUAAUGUCUUCGAAGGCCAAAACCCGAUGAAUUUCGAGUGUCUAAAAUGUGGAAAAUUGUAUCGUCAUAAGUGCAACUUGUACGCUCAUUUGAAACAUGAAUGCGGCAAAGCACCUUCGCUGCAGUGUCCACACUGUUUUUUGGAGGAUGUAUUCGAAGAGCUACAGCACAGCUCAAAGGCUAUUUUCAAGUGCGAAAAGUGUGGAAGAGUUUAUAACUACAAGAGCAGUUUGUAUGCUCAUCAGAAGCAUGAAUGCGGCAAGGAGCCUUCAUUGCAGUGUCCCUACUGUCCUCAUAAAUCCAGGAAGAAAAAUCAUUUGACAAGAUACAACUUUGGACAAGAAAUGUUCCUUGAAGAUAAAUCCAGCAAACCACCUGAGAAUUUCAGGUGCCAAAAAUGUGGAAAAAUCUAUCGCCACAAGUGCACCCUCUAUGCACAUCAUAAAUACGAAUGUGGCAAAAAUCCUUUAAUGCAGUGUCCUCACUGCCCUCACAGAACUAAGAAGAAGAGUUUAUUUGAAGAUAAUGUCUUCGAAGGCCAAAACCCGAUGAAUUUCGAGUGUCUAAAGUGUGGAAAAUUGUAUCGUCAUAAGUGCAACUUGUACGCUCAUUUGAAACAUGAAUGCGGCAAAGCACCUUCGCUGCAGUGUCCACACUGUCCUUACAAAUCUACAAAGAAAAAUAAUUUGAGGCGACAUGUAGCUUUGAAACAUACCUACUCUUCCAAUUACAAUUAG